AGUUGACUAUUAUUAUGAAUAAGUGAAUACGGAAUAUUAGCAUAGGUAUCAGAAUUCGACGGAUUACCGAUACACGAAUACAAGCUGUAUUACGAAUAUCUUAGUGAAUACUAAUAUAUCGGUAUCACCCUUAUAGAGUAUUGUUACAAACUAUUCUUAACAAAUAUUCCAACAAUUUAAUGGUCUGAUUACUAAUUUAAUUAAUUUCUUAUUUAAUAGUGUGUAAUUUAUGAAUCUGUGAAAGUGUGAACCUGUGAGUAACAAUUUGAAACUACUUUUAUAUUGUGGUGGUUCUCCAUCUACACUGCUUUCGUGGUCUUCGAAUGUUAUAUACUGCUGCAUAUUAAUUUGACUAAUCUGAAUUCGAAAUGGUGAAUUUAUUAGCAACAUUGAUAUUAGCCUCAGAAAAAGCUGCUCGGAUCGCUAGGUCAUGUGUGAGCAAUACACAAAAAGACGCAUUAUUGGUUGCUGAAAAAGAUAUUUCUGAAUCCAAUAUUCGUUUUAAUAAGGAUUACAAGACCGUUGCAGAUGUUCUAGUACAAGAAACAAUAAAAGCAAAUAUUGAGAAGGCUUUCCCAGAACUAAAAAACCAGGUUAGAGGUGAAGAAAGUUCAGAGAUUAAUGGACAAGUGAUUGUUUUGAAAAACUUUGAUCACACUGUUGAACUAUUAAGUCAACUAAUACCACCGUCUGCAGCGAAAAUAAUGGCAGCUGCAGCAUACAGCAAAAAUAUUGUCACUUGUAAAGAUUUACCUCAAGAUUUACCAGACUUACCAUUGUCAGAUAUAGGGAUAUGGAUUGAUCCAAUUGAUGCAACAUUUGAAUUUAUCGCUGGGGUCAGAGGUGAAGCUGAACCCGGAAAAGGUUUAAUAUGUGUCACAGUUCUUAUUGGAGCAUAUCUUAUAUCUACAGGAGAACCUAUUAUAGGAGUAAUUAACCAACCUUUUGCUAAUGAAGGCCAAGGCAACAUUAUCUGGGGUAUUAGUUACAAUGAUUACAAAAGAUGGGGAGGAACUUACGAUAUGAAUUUUCACUCUCCUCCUAAUACAUUGCUAAUAAGUGCAUCAGAAAAUAUUGAAAUUGUUGAGAAAUUUAAUAAGGCUGAUUGGGAAGUUAAAAUACUGCCAGGAGCGGGUAAUAAACUCCUAAAAGUUGCCUUAGGAGAAGUAUCAGCAUACAUUGUAUCAACGCCAACAAUAUUUCGUUGGGACACGUGUGCUGGUCAUGCUAUCCUCAAAGCCAAGGGUGGUGAAAUUCUAACUUACAACAACCGCACUCCUAUAACAUACAACACACCUCUAACAGCUUCUACUAAAGAUAAUGGUAAUUUGGAUGGUAUCAUUGCAUUUUCAAAUGAUGCCAUUUAUCAAAAAUUAAAUGAGAUCUUAAAUACUUAAAUUAAAGUUUUUAUAAUUAACAAAUAAGAAUAAACCUAUGUAGUGCUAGACAACCAAGUCUCUUUAGAGAAUACUUUUGUUUAUUAUACAGUUAAUUAGGAUUGAUAGGAAGGUUCAUUAAUACAAACCACAUAUUCAGUGGCAAGCAACAACGUACCAAGACUGCCAAAAAUAAUAAAUUCCUACAUUUUAAGUCUUUUAGUAAAUAUAGUACACCUACAAAAUAAGGAUUUUUUUGCCAGAUACGUUAUUAAUGUGUUAAAAAUAGUAGUCAUUUCUGUAAAGAAUAACUGAACACAAGUAGCUAAUCAUCAGUACAUGUUUGUAUCUGCCACAGUUAUCUGUUCAAGAAAAAUUACUGUUAACAAGCCCUUGUAUCAAUUAAAAGGUAAAUAAUCCAAGGUUUCAAAAUGUAUUUGUUUUUGUAAUAUAACAAAGCUAAAAAUAUUGGAUAUGUACCCAAUAUGUGAAUAAAAAAUUGAUGAUACGUUUGUAAAUAAAAAUUUUAAAUAAUUUUUAAUGUUAUCAGCCUUUUUUUGUAAUAAAGACAAAAUAUAUAUAAUCAAUUCACAUUUUGAAUACUAAAAGCCCCCAUAGUGUAUCGGAUUUUUUUAUAAAUUUAUGUACAACAGCUUAAGAAUAGAACCUAUAUUCCAAUUUUCUUUAGAUAUAAGCUGUCAACAUAAUAGGUAUAAAAUGGAUGAAAUACUAACAGAUAGAACAAAAUUAGAGUUUUAACAAUUUAAAACUAUUUUAAAAUGUUUAAAGGUAAAUUUUUAUUAUGGCAUCAAAUUUGAAAGAUAUCUGUUGUGUCAAUCGAUGUAGUUAUUUGUGAGGUUUUUUUUUCACUUAUUAAAUAAUAAUUUAUUGAUCUCUUUGUGGAAAUAUCCAUUUGUGCCACUGCCUCUAGUUUUAUCUGAGAAGUCUCAUGAAUGUCAAAGUGUGGAUAUGUUAUCGAUAUUCGUAUUAUUGGUCUGUGUUAAAAUAGAGACUUACCUACACACAGUAACAAACAGUAAAUGAAGGCUUCCCAUGUCAUAAAGUAUUAAUCAUAGAUUAUAUGUAUGUAGAGCUUUAACCCACCCUGUGAUUUUACUAUAUUUAAUUUUAUUCUGUAAAGUUUUUCAUAAUAUUAUACUUUUUGAGGAAAAUCUUGGAAAUAAUAAACUGUAAGAAUGUAUUAUAAGUGUUUUAUAUUCCUUGUUUACUCACAAGACAUAAAACAAGAAAAAUUAUAUGAUUACCUUUUCAUUGCAUAUAUUGUUUUAAAUUCAACAGAAACCAUAGGAAUCAUAAUUUGCGUCUAGUUUGCGAUCCAGUUUAU